CAAGACACCAGCAAGAUGCCGACUGAGCUGGAAGAACUCGUGGGCUUCAUCGCCCACCCUCACCCUCAGAUUCGCCAAGUUGCCGUCGAGAAUUUGGUGCCGUACUCGACUGCGGAACCCAACAUCUUCAAGGAUUCACAACUACAGCCUGUGAAGAACCUCAAGAUAUUGAUUCGAGAUCAUCCCAAAAUAUCUGAGCAUGCUGUGACAAUUCUGGUCAACUUGUCGGGCGACCAAGAGAUUCUUGAGAACCUAGCAACAGAUGAUAAAUUCCUCGAUGUCGUAUUCCGUCGCAUAGUGAACCCCGAGGAGCCCAAUGCUAAUCUCCUGGCCAUGCUCCUCGCCAACCUGGCCAAGUGGGAUAGCUUCAAGGACGUGCUCAAGAGGAAACAGCAGGCUCCUGAAGAGCUAGGCUCAGACGAUGUUGUCCUCAACCAGCUGAUGGACCUGUUCGUCAAAGGCCAGGACGGCUCAUACAACAAAAAGGCAGACUUUGACUACCUCGCCUACGUCUUUGCAGACCUUGCCAAGCAUUCAGACAUCCGAAAGCACUUUCUCCAGGCGCAAAAGUACGACGAUGUCAUCCCUCUCACCAAGCUCAAGGUCUUUACCGAGCACAAGUCCGACAUCCGGCGCAAGGGCGUUGCCAGCACUAUCAAGAACGUCGCCUUUGAGACAUCAUCACACGCUUCCUUCCUCUCUGAAGAUGAGAUUGACAUCUUGCCUUACAUUCUACUCCCGAUCAUGGGCAACGAGGAGUACGACGUCGAUGAGAGUAUGGACAUGCUGCCAGACCUGCAGCUGCUGCCACCAGACAAGAAGCGAGACUCGGACCACAAGAACAUCCAGACUCACGUUGAGACACUGACUCUGCUAACAACAACACGGGAGGGUCGUGAUCUCAUGCGCCGUGUCAAGGUAUAUCCCGUUAUUCGGGAAACACAUCUACGCGUUGAGGACGAGGGUGUCCAGGAGGCAUGUGAGCGACUGGUGCAGGUAUUGGCGCGUGAUGAGGCAGAUGAAGGCAAGGACGAAAGCAAGGACGAUGUCAAGUUGAUUGAGGGUACCAAUGGACGGGUAGAAGAAGUUGAAGAUGAGGAUGAUCAGCUCGUGGAGGUUUGA